AGCUUAAGAAUCCUCACGUUCCUUGCUUUGGGUUCAGACUUUCGCUUGCGAAAAAAAGCUUGAAUAAGAGUUUCGCUGCGUGUGCUUGUUUUUUCUUAUUCGUUACUCAAAACUGAAAUACAGAUUUCCAGAGAAACAAACACAGUCUUAGAUUUUAGAGAGAGACAAAGCCUAAGAGAGAGAAUAUAUACACUGCUUCUCAGCUAAAGCUACAGCUUGAAGAUUUGGGAUCUAUAAGAGGGAAUAGAAGCUCUUUUUCAAUACAUGGGUUCAUUAUCGGAACCUGAGGUAAAUUCCAGCAAGCCUCCUGGAGUGCGCUUUGUGGAGCACAUAAAGAAAUCCCCAGUUUCCUUCAAAACCCACCAAGCUAUUGUUCUUAUUUUAACUUUCGUUGCAUAUGCUAGCUACCAUGCUACUAGGAAAACCACAAGUAUUGUUAAAAGUACCCUUGAUCCUCAAUCCUCUGAGUUGGGGUUGAAGCAUUUGCCAUGGAGGAUAACUUACCAUCUUGAACCACCUGAAAGCAGAAAGCUUCCACCGGUGCUUGGAAAUGGUUGGGCCCCAUUUAAUUCAUCAGAUGGGACAUCCCUUCUCGGUGAGCUCGACGUGGCUUUCCUCGCAGUAUAUGCAUUUGGAAUGUAUUUUUCUGGACAUUUGGGUGAUAGGAUGGACUUGAGGAUCCUCUUGACAGUGGGAAUGGUGGGUACUGGUGUGUUCACUUCACUUUUUGGUGUUGGAUAUUGGGGAAAUGUUCAUAGUUUUUACUACUUCCUCAUUGUUCAAAUGAUUGCUGGUCUGUUCCAAUCGACCGGAUGGCCUUCGGUUGUUGCAGUGGUCGGAAACUGGUUCGGGAAGAAGAAGAGAGGACUAAUUAUGGGUAUAUGGAAUGCUCACACUUCUGUCGGGAACAUUACAGGUUCUUUGGUUGCUUCAGCACUAUUGACGUAUGGAUGGGGCUGGUCCUUUGUUGUGCCCGGUAUCAUUAUCGCUUUUGUUGGUAUAGUCGUUUUUCUUUUUUUGCCUGUCAGUCCUGAAUAUGUCGGGGCUGAUGGCGAAGAAGAUGAAUUGCAUUCGCCAAAGAAAAGUGGAGAGGGACUAACAGAACCCCUGGUGGAAUCAGAGAAGGAGAUUAAGGAUACACCGGUAGGGUUCAUUGAAGCAUGGAAAAUUCCUGGUGUUGCAUCUUUUGCACUCUGCCUCUUCUUUGCCAAAUUGGUUGCUUAUACAUUUCUCUACUGGCUUCCCUUCUACAUUAGCCACACAGCUAUAGAUGGCAAGUAUUUAUCCAGUGAGACAGCUGGGAACUUUUCUACAUUGUUUGAUGUUGGAGGGGUACUUGGAGGAAUUCUAGCCGGUCACAUUUCUGAUCGCCUAAAUGCAAGGGCAAUAACAGCAGCAAGUUUCAUGUAUUGUGCCAUUCCUGCUCUCUUCUUCUACCGCAGCUAUGGACAUGUUUCCUUAAUAUUGAACAUAGCCCUUAUGUUCAUAACCGGCAUGUUUGUGAAUGGGCCAUAUGCUCUUAUAACAACAGCUGUCUCUACCGACCUGGGAACUCAUAGCUCAUUGCGAGGUAACUCACGGGCAUUGGCAACUGUAACAGCAAUCAUCGACGGAACGGGCUCUGUUGGGGCUGCAGUUGGACCAUUGUUAACAGGUUACAUUUCCGCCAAGAGCUGGAGUGCAGUUUUCACCAUGCUUAUGGGAGCAGCUCUAAUUGCAGGGCUGCUAUUGACUAGGCUUAUCGUGUCCGAGGUGAGUGAAAAAAUUGAGGAAUCAAGGUCUUCAAGAUCUUCAGCUGCAGAACUUCUUGUGUGAGACAUAUGGGAUUAUGGGGAAUCCUCUAUUGUCUGCUUCAAAGCCGCUGAUUGUUUAAAAAAUAAAAAUAAAAAAAGAAAAAAGAAAAAAAGAAAAAAAAGAAAAAAAGAAAAAAGAAAAAAAGGUGAUGUUAGUAUAAAGAAAGGAUAGAAGGAUGUUUUUUAGCCUUCUCCGCGAUUUUACUUUCAUAGUGGUGGGAAAAAGCUCGGACUAAAAGAAAGUGAAUGUGGUGGAUGUAAUGGUGUCUUUGUGGUGGGUUGCCUUUUUGUACAUUUUUGGCUGCUGUAUCUAAUUAAAAAAAGAGCUAGGAUAAGGAAGAAAAGAUCAAUUCAAACCUUAUUCAUUUUUGUACUA